CCUGGAGGGAGGAGCCGGCGCGAUGUGAUCCCGGCCACCUGUAACACCAAACAGCAGUCAUGAGCGAGCUGAGCCGAGACUCGGUUAUCCGCUUCUUGAGCGGGAAAGGAGGCCGGGUACCUAACCAGCAGCUGGUGGAGCAUUUCCGGCCCCUUCUGACCGAGCAGCCCCCCGGAGAGGCCCGCAAUGCUGCUCGUCACCUCUUCAAAGACAUCGUUAACGACGUGGCCAGCGUGCGGGCGGAGGACGGGGUGAAAUAUGUCUGUCUGAAGAAAAAGUACCGGAGAGCAGCAGAGGAGACAAAGCAAGAUCCAGGGGGGAAUCAUGGCUCGGAGCGAAGUCGUGAGACACAGCCUGCCGCCGGGGAAAAUGUCGGCCAGGCGAUCGCAGCGGAGCCCAGCACCGGAGGGCCGAUCGCAGCAGAGCCCAGCACCGGGGAAACGAUCACAUCAGAGCCCAGCACCGGGGAAACGAUCGCAUCAGAGCCCAGCACCGGGGAAACGAUCGCAGCAGAGCCCAGCACCGGGGAAACGAUCGCAUCAGAGCCCAGCACCGGGGAAACGAUCACAUCAGAGCCCAGCACCGGGGAAACGAUCACAUCAGAGCCCAGCACUGGAGAGACGAUCACAUCAGAGCCCAGCACCGGAGAGCCGGGUGAGGUGGACACCCCAGAUUCUAGUCCCGGAGAGGAGUCCCCCCAGGCUGUGUCUUCCCCCGGUUCCGAUGGUCCCCCCAGGAUCUCAGUGACGGAGGAGCCGGAGGAUGAUCCCAGGUUGGACGGAGAGAAGAUGCAGAGGAAGCUGCCCUCGGGCUCCCCAGAUGAGCUCCUGGCCACCCUGCUUACCCACGCACGGCAGAACCGGGUGCCCGUCAACAUCAACGCCCGGGCGUCCGGCGGCUACACCCCCCUUCACCUGGCCGCCAUGCACGGACACCUGGACGUCAUCAAGCUGCUGGUCGGGGCGUACGAUGCCGAUCUGGAUAUCCGGGACUACAGCGGCAGGAAAGCCUGGCAGUACCUGAGUCCGGACACUGCCCGCGAUGUCCAGGCGCUGGUGGGGGCAUUACAGGGCCGCGAGGAGGAAGAUGACGGCACAACCCCGGGAUCAGGCCGCUGGCGGCUCUCCAAAGUCUUACCCUCCCAGCUGAUCGUACACAGGUUGUCCCAAUUACCGGAGGAUGAGCAGGAUGGUGGGGGGCGCACCCGGCCAGACAUCAGCAGGAAGGGCUCUGGGGGCAGCAGGGGUAAGCCUCGCCUCAAUAGGAUCAGAUUUAGGACACAGAUCAUCCAUACUAACUUGACAGCCAGGGACGAUGAGGAUGAGAGAACACUGAAGAGCCCCAUUAGGCACAGACCCAAAUCUAAUGUAUUUGGCUGA